ACAGAGACAUCAUACAGAGACGUCAUACAGAGACGUCAUACAGACGCUGCACUCACAGAAACCUGGUUGGCAGGGACAGGACGGAGCCGUGCAGCUCCAUCCUUUUUCAGCAGCAGCGUCCCUUGAAACUCGGUGCGCAUCUUAAAGGAACACACAAAGUUUAAAGUUGCGUUCCUUGGGUAUCCGGGACGUGAGUCCUGGAUCCCCUAUCAGCGCUCUCAUCCGCUCGGCACUCUCGCUUGCUGCCUACCACACUUAUAAGUGGCGCCGGCCUUGUGUCCGUAACAUUGUACAGUAUGAGGAAAUUUAUGGAGCAGGAGAACCGGUUGUGAAUGAGGUGCAUUAUAAUUGUGGGAGGAAAAUCUCCUGAGAAGAUGCAGCUGAGGUGACCUGAGGAGAGAGACAAGACGCUGCCCUGGGAUGAGACGCUGCUGAAAGACGUCUCCAUUGGUAUUCCUCUCCACCUCGUGAAUCAUCCUCUGCCCUGUCAAAGGCCAAGGUUAUGUGAAUGAAGAUCUAAGAGUCCAGGCCUGCUUCAGGGAACAGAACAUAGGUGGUGACGUGAUCGGCAGACAUGACAGGUCGCAGACUGGAUCCGGUUUCCGUGACCUGCGUCCAUGAGGAUCUCCUAGAAGAGGCAUCUGACCCGGGGGAACCGCACCACCAUGGGCAGACUAUUUAUUGGGAUACUACUCAUUGCCAUGUUCCUCAUAAGCUAUAACUGGCACAGACAAUAUUUUCAGGAAUCCAUGAGAUAUUUUCUUCGGACCUGCCUUGCACCGACCAACCACGAACAACCUUUGCCGAAAGAGACACCUCCUCCCCCGAAAACCAAACUCCAACUAGAAAUAGAUGCAAUAUUCGACAAAAUAGAAAGACGAAUUCCCAAAGUGACAUUUACGAACUUUAACCAGACCACAAGUGCACGGAAUAGUAGGACUUCUAUUGUUAACCAAUGGGAGAUUUAUUGUAUCGGAGAAGAAUUGGUGGUGCAGAUUGAUAUGUUCGAUCACUUGGGUAAUAGAAAGACCUACGGAGGGGACUUCAUAAGACCGAGACUAAUUUCUCCACAGCUUGGAGCCGCUAUCUCUGGAACUGUAAGGGACUUCAACAAUGGCUCCUACCAUGUUCACUUUCCAUUGUACUGGGCCGGUAAGGUCAAAGUCCACAUUUUGUUGUUCUACCCAAGUGAAGGGGUGGCGGCUCUCUGGAGGUCGAGACAUUCCAGUCAAGGAGUUAUUGGUUUCCAGGGAAAAUUUGAAAAGUUUGGUAAAGAAGCCGUAACUACAUGUGGCUUCAAGCUCCCCAAGGUUGACGGGAAGGAGAUCUGUGACUACAGGGACACAGAAUACGAGGAGGUCUUCCAAUGCUACAAAUUCUCCAACUUUACCUGUGAGAGUCUUAAUGAGAUGAGAGGCUAUGAUCUCCAUGCCUCCUAUCUUACCCCGGAAGAGAAGAAAAUAUUUCAAAGGUCAAAUAUCGUGGUAGAAAUCCCACAACAAUUUUCACCUAUCACAGUCACACAGUGCAGAAAAAGGACCCUGAAGCCGAAGUGUCAGACUGGAAUGAGUUCCCCUCUCCCAAGCGGAUACUUCUACAAUAACACUUGGAAUCCAGUUUACUGUAACAUGACGCUUUACAGAAGCCCGGACAACUUCAUCAGAUGUCUACAAGGGAAGAAACUCUUCCUGAUCGGAGAUUCCACGUUACGUCAGUACAUCAUGCACUUCACCGAAGAAAUCAAGAUAGUGAAAUAUUUCCGCUACCAUUUGAGAGGGUUUCAAAAGUGGGCUUUAUCACUGGAAGCAAUGAAUAUGGAGAAGGAUAUAUACGUUUCCUACAAGAGGCAUGGAUUCCCAUUGGAACACGAUGACUUCUACUACAUCAAGGAGGACCUGUACGCCAGUCGUCAGAUCGACCAGCUUGCUGGGGGGAAGGACACUAUUAUUGCCAUAACCAUGGGCCAGCACUUUAGACAGUUCCCUCUAAAGAUCUUCAUCCAGCGAGCUAUCAACAUUCGAAGAGCAUUGGAGCGUCUCUUCCUCAGGAGUCCUGACACUAAAGUCAUCCUAAAAACUGAGAACACCAGAGAAAUCUAUGCCCCAGAGGAAAGGCAAGGGGACUUCCAUGGGUACACUCAGUAUCUGGUCCUCAGGAAGGUAUUUCAUGGGAUCAAUGUUGGUUUUGUGGAUGCAUGGGACAUGACGGUGGCAUCGGGUACAGCGGACGUACAUCCCCCGGAUUAUACAUUUGAAGGGAUUAUCAGUCUGACGUUCACCUUUGCUUGUUAACAAUAAAAUAUAGGGCAGGGAGAACUUGCUAUAUACAUUUUUGGAAAAUCUUUUCAGCAAUUAUCCUGAUUUAGAGAAGGCCAAGCAGACGGGUAUUAUCUCCAAGACUGGGUAAGGUGUCUUGGAUCGAAGUAGCAGUCUUUGAUCUUUGAGGGUCAUUGGAAUAGGGUAUGUCUCCUGGUCUAAUGAAGGCUUCUGUGAUCACAGUAGUUUUCUUGGACCAAGUAAUAUCUCCUAUAUUUGGGAAGGCUCAAAUCUUCAAUCAAAGUAAAUUAGUAAAGGUCACUUUGAUCCGGUGGUGUCUCCUAGAUUAGGAAAGUCAUGUGGGACAAGAGUAGGAUUCCCAGACUAGCUAAAACAGUGUAGACAUAGGGAUCCUGUCUAUUACCCCAAAUAGCAAUGGCAGACAGCAGUUCCUAUGGAUAUACAUAUA